AUACUAUUAAUAUGGUGAGUCCAUGCCUCUAGAUUCAAACUAGCCUAAGAUGUACUAUUAAGGAAUCUACCCUUACUCCUUAAGGUCCAAAUAUGUUAUUUGCAUAAGUAGACUGGUUCUGGCAGCCAAAUACUCCGUCCAAACGUGGAUCGAUUCUCAAUUGUGAUACGGUCCUAGAAACAUAAAGUCCUUUACGUUCAUAUCAAAAUAAUUUCACAAAUGCAAAUAUUACACUUACUGUACACUGUUUUAAACAGCUUUAUCACAGUUGCAGCAAACAGUAUUUUUCAUUCACAACACGUUUCUGGCGGCCUUUUGUUACACACAGGUGUACAGCGCAUGCUAGAUGGCUAAUUAGCACAGGUGGUACCAAUGUCUAACAUAAACAGGAUAUGUAACAUGGAGAUAUGGCCGUGUGGGAACCCUAACCCUAUAAGGGUGUGUAUCGAUUUAACCUUUUGUUUUUUGAAAACUAUUUCUCGCUGACAUGAAAGAUUAGCUCUUGUGCUUCCAAACCCGUACCGCAAGUGACGCAGGAUGACGUUAAGACCGAGCCUCCGUGCGCUUAACAAUACAUCACCUUACAGAAGAGACCUUUGACGAAAUUACUCUUAUGUGUAAUGGGAAGUUAGUUAUGAUCAAAGGCUAGAUUCAACUCUACUUUAAUGGGCACAACAUUUUUUUUAAAGUAACUAAUGCAAUUAUCACUUAUGAAUAUGCAGAAACCAAUUCAAUAUUAAUGAAUAUAUAUUGUAAAGGGAACCUUUACUUGGCAGGAAAUAUUUUGCCCGGAAGUGAUUGCCACGGCUUCAGGAAGAAGACGCUCUGGGUGAAUGAGAUGGCGACGAAUGGGGCAAGCUGUGAACAACCACAGAAGCGAGGAACCAAAGACAAACCGAAUGGAUAUUUUGCAGACUCUGCGGUCAAUGAGAGGAGGCAGAAAGAUCGGGAGGAGCGUCUCGCUCUGGUGUUGUGGAGGCGGCCUUUCAUCACACUACACUACUUCCUCCUGGAAACCUUCAUCACACUAAAGGAGUGGACAUUAAAGUUAUGGCGACGAAGGGGUACAGUGUUCUUGUUCCUGGUGUUGUGUUCACUCUUCUCCCUUGCCUACUCCAUUGAGGGAGCACACCAGAAGUAUGUGCAGUACCUGGAGAAGAGGUUCCUGUGGUGUGCCUACUGGGUAGGUUUGGGCAUCCUGUCCUCAGUAGGCCUUGGGACUGGCCUGCAUACCUUCCUGCUAUACCUGGGUCCACACAUAGCAUCAGUCACCCUGGCUGCGUACGAGUGUGGGUCUACAGACUUCCCCGAGCCCCCCUACCCAGACCAGAUCAUCUGCCCAGAGGCAGGAGGAAUGGAGGGCAGCAUCUCACUCUGGUCCAUCAUCUCAAAGGUCCGGCUGGAGGCCUGUAUGUGGGGUGCAGGCACAGCCAUUGGGGAGUUGCCGCCCUACUUCAUGGCUCGAGCGGCCAGGCUAUCUGGAGCAGACCCAGAUGACGAAGACUAUGAGGAGUUUGAGGAGAUGCUGGGGCAGGCAGAGACUGCUCAGGAUUUUGUUACUAGAGCAAAACUGGGCGUUCAGAACAUGGUGCAGAAAGUGGGAUUCUUUGGGAUUCUAGCCUGUGCCUCGAUCCCUAAUCCUCUGUUUGACCUUGCUGGUAUAACAUGUGGCCACUUCCUGGUACCAUUUUGGACCUUCUUUGGAGCGACUCUUAUUGGGAAAGCCAUCAUCAAGAUGCACAUACAAAAACUGUUUGUUAUCAUAACGUUCAGCAAGCACAUAGUGGAACAGAUGGUGUCUCUGAUCGGGUCUCUGCCGAGGGUAGGUCCCUCCAUACAGAAGCCCUUCAGUGAGUACCUGGAGGCCCAGAGGAGUAAACUCCACCACCACACUGGAGAAGGCACCCCGGCGAGUGAGAAUUGGCUGUCGUGGGUCUUUGAGAAGGUGGUUCUGGUCAUGGUCUGUUACUUUAUCUUCUCUAUCAUCAACUCCAUGGCUCAGAGCUACGCCAAGCGACGACAACAGAGUCGGCAGCAGCGAUACUCUGAGGAGAAAACCAAGUGACGAGACUCACCAACAGACCGUGCUGAGUCCCUCAGCUCUGUUUCAAACUAACCUCGCCCUUCCAUUCUUAAGAGGCUGAACUGGCACUUUCCUGUGUUUCCUUACGGAUGUAUGUGCUGUUUGUUUGUCCCUCUUAUGGUUUUAUAGUUUCCCCUCAUUUGUGUUUAGUGUGUGAUUUAAUAAUAUAAUGAUAGGAUAUGAGCAGUGAAGCAGCAGUUGGAUGUUAACUGUUUUGCUGGCAGCUAUACCAGCUGCGAUGCCUAAUGCAAGGUGGAGGGUCCUACUUCCAUUGAACACAGUUCUUAAUCAUGACUUGAUUUGUAAAUUUCUCACUGUACGGAUGGACUCUGUGCUGAUAUGAUGCUAAGGAUGUUUUCAGGGUUACCUUUUUCUUGCGUUUUUGUCCCGUUGAUCAGAAAUAGGCCACCUGUCAUUCGCGUUUCUUGGAUUUGUUUGAAAUUUAAGUUUGCAAUUGGAAAUAGCAAUAUCAAGUCGUCUCAACAUGUUAUUGAUAGUUUGCACAUCUUGGAAAUAUUUUUUUGCGCGGUAUGUAUGAACAAGCAUUUAGAAUGAUCUGGACAAACUAACUUGAACCAAAACAGAACUUACAUUACACUCGGCUAACUUGGUGUCAUUUUUAUUCUGUACAUUUACUGAGUCUUUGAUCAGAAUAUAUAAAAUGCCUAAAUCAUU